GUUAUUAAGAAAAUGGGGCAGUACCUGAAGAUGAAUAUAACCGUACCAGAAGAAUACAUACAGGGUUUUACACGAGCCAAUAAUACAUUCCUUUAUCAGUUAGUUUUUGAUCCUGUCAACAGAAAAUUAGUUCCUCUGAAUUCAUAUGGGGAUGAUAUUGAUCCAGAAACGCUGAUUUAUGCAGGGCGAUAUUUUGGUGAUGAUACUGCCUUUCAAAUUGCCAUUGGCAACAUUGAUAUUGAUACAAUGGAACAAAUUGAUAACUAUAACCCUGACACUGCACAGCCUGUACAGCAGAGAAGUUGUGGCUGGAAUGACAGACAUGCUAAUCAUGUAAAUAGCAUUUGGAGCAGAGAUUACAAGAUUGGCCCUCAUGCAGACACUGUGCCUCAUAAAAUGCAUUUACCAGAGAAACCAACAACCAAAGGCAUGGAGAAGAUAAUUAGUAUUAAAGGGCUAAAACUUCCAGGCAAAGAGCUCUUGGCAAAAAGGCCAAGGAGUGAUUUAGAAGAUAUCUCCGAUGGAGAUCUGUUGGACCAAUACUCAUUUUCAAAAACAAAGAAAUUCAAGAAGGAGCAUGAUGAUGGUCAAGCACAAAAGAGUGUUUCAGCAAUACAAAGCCUUGAUUCUUCAGGGAAUUCUGUCACUCAAGAAAGCUCUAACUCCCUGCCUAGAGUUAGAAAUAAAUUUGCUUCUUUUCUACAAAGGAAAAACAAGGAGAUGGAUGCUGUAAUUGUUCCAGGAACAAGAAGCAGGUUUUUCUGCAGUGAUGCAAUUAUGUUUGGUACAGCAAAGAAGGAUGACGGUGAUCUAACUCAAGAUGCUGAGCAAGAUUGCCAGCAACAGGAAGUUAAAUCUGUAGCAGAAGACGUUUCAAAAUUUCCAGAAACUGAAAAAUCAACAAGGACUAUCUUUACACCUUCUGGAGAAACACAAAAAAGUUGCUUCCAGUGGUUUAGCAGCCUCGUAAAUAAUUCAGGAAAUCCUGGUCCUUCUCCUACUGUAUCUUCACAGCAGUUUCACCAACAGAGACGCAACUGCCUGGUAUCCCAGGGAGAUCAGGUUAAUGAGGUGCAAACAGAGAGUGGGGUGGUAUGUGACGAAUCAGAGGAGGAAUCCUCCCCCUUAGCGGAACUGGAGCAGUCACCACAGUCUCAAAGGUCUUGUGAGCCGUCAAAAUGCACUCUGGGUUCUUCAAAAAUACCACAAGCGUCUACCAAGAGUUCAGAUGCAGAAGAAUCUGAUUCCAGUUCAAAACUGCCAGAUGAUCAAUGUACUUGGUCUGCUAUUCAAACUGACAGAAAAAAUAUAAACAUAAAGACCAAGGUUCCUGGUUUACGUAAAUCCAGUUGUGUAGGGUCGCGUAUUGUAACAAAGCUCAAGCCAUUGAUACCAGCUAAAGUGAGCGGAUUAAGCAGGAAACUGUCACCUGUGCAGAAGAGGAAUCACUGUGAUGCUGAAAAUAAGCUGGGACUACAAGCUGCAAUUAGUGAACUCCGGAAAAACUUCCAGUUUAAAAGAGAGUAUGAAAGACUUCCUUCUUGUAAAAAGUCAGAUCCAUUGUCUCCAAUCAAAGAUAACAUACAACUCACUCCAGAAACAGAAGAAGAAAUCUUUAAUCAUCUGGAAUGUAGCCAUGUUCAGAGAGCUAUAUUCCAAUGA